CCUGAUACAACAAAGCACUCAAUAGCUUAGAUUCCGAGCUCACAUGCCACCUUUUGUCCUACAAAGAAUUCUGAAUAGGUGAACAGUAGUGAUUGAUAUAAGGUACCUAUAGACUUAUUACAAUGAUAAGAGAUAAAACACGAUCUAUAACAAUAUAAAUUUUUUGUUUGAUGUUUUUAUCUGUCAUAAUCCAUAUUUAUAUUUCUAUCGCAUGUUUAGAUAAAUGCUCGGAUAAAUGGUUGGAAUUUUGCCAUCAUUAUCGUUGACAUAUUGGACAUUUUCUAACAUUCACUCUUUGGGAUAUGGAUGGCGUCGGUUUCAGUUUGGCCAUAGGCACACUAAGGGCCUUGGCCUUCGUCUACGACGUCCUCACAUUCCCCGUUUAUAUGAUCCUCCAGAGGCCAUGGCGUUUACGUCAACUGUCCAGAAAAUCUAGGGGCAUAUUAGUGGACAUCGAAAGAGAACAGUCUAAUGAUGUAAGCGUUGAUAUCAAGGAAAAUGAUUUCAAUAAAACUAACCAAUUUAGAGAUCCACCAUAUAAAUUCGAUAAGGCUAAAGCUAUCCAAGAAGAUGCCAAGUCCGUCACGUACCGAUCCGUCGUCGAGCCUUCCGAAUUUCACGUCGCCUUGGCCAAGGAGAACAUCGACACCAUGGCCAAGAUGUUCGAGUAUUGCAGCAAAAAGUAUCCCAACAGGAAGUGCCUCGGCACCAGAGAGAUUUUGGCUGAGGAGGACGAGGUGCAGCCGAACGGGAGGGUAUUCAAGAAGUUCGUGAUGGGCGACUACCGAUGGAAGACCUUCGCCGAGGUGAACAUCCUGGCCGCCCACUUCGGCAAGGGGCUGCGCGAGCUGGGCAACGCGCCCACCAAGAACGUGGCCGUGUUCGCGGAGACGCGCGCCGAGUGGAUGAUCGCCGCCCACGGCAUCUUCAAGCAGAACAUCCCGAUGGUGACGAUCUACGCCACGCUGGGGGACGAGGCUAUCGCGCAUGCUAUCAACGAGACAGAGGUGUCGACGAUCAUCACCAGCUACGAUCUGUUGCCCAAGUUCAAGAAGAUUUUAGAAUUGACGCCUAAGGUCAAAACUCUGGUUUAUAUGGAGGAUCAACUGAAGAGUUUGGGGAGUGUGGAGGGGUACAAGGAGGGGGUGGAUAUCGUGAAGUUUUCUGAGGUGUUGCAGAAAGGAUCUAAUUCGACCAUCGAAUCCCAGCUACCCAAACCGGAAGACACGGCCAUCAUAAUGUACACCAGUGGCUCCACCGGCGUGCCCAAGGGCGUCAUCCUCCUCCAGAAGAACCUCAUCAGCACCCUGCGCGGCUUCUGCGACUGCACGCCCAUCUACGAAUCGGACGUCAUGAUCGGCUUCCUGCCCUUGGCGCACGUGUUCGAGCUGAUGGUGGAGAGCAUCUGCCUGUUUGGGGGUGUGCCCAUCGGGUAUUCGGGGCCGCUGACCAUGAUCGACAGUUCCAGCAAGAUCAAGAAGGGGACCAAGGGGGACGCGAGCGUGCUGGGGCCCACGGUGUUGACGAGCGUGCCGUUGAUAUUGGAUAGGAUAUCGAAAAGUAUUCAGGAAAAGGUCCAGAAGAGUAGUAAUCUCAAGAAAGUGAUGUUCAAAUUCGCCUAUGACUACAAAACGAGUUGGAAGAGGAGAGGAUAUUCUACUCCACUUAUCGACAGAGUGAUAUUUUCGCCUGUCAAACAACUGAUGGGUGGAAAAAUGAGACUGAUGAUAUCCGGUGGUGCACCGCUAUCGCCCGAAACCCACGAACAAAUCGCCACUUGCCUGUGCGUCAACAUAAUCCAAGGUUAUGGACUGACCGAGUCGACUUCAUGUGCUUGCGUGCAAGACUUAUACGACAUGUCCUUCGGCAGAGUGGGCGGCCCUUGCACCAACUGCGACAUCCGGCUGGUGAGCUGGGAGGAGGGCAACUACCGGGUGACCGACAAGCCGUACCCGCGCGGCGAGAUCCUCAUUGGCGGCGACAACGUCAGCGCCGGAUACUACAAGCUGCCCGACAAGACCGACGAGGAGUUCUUCGAGGCCGAGGGCAAGCGGUGGUUCCGAACAGGGGACAUCGGGGAGAUACACAAAGAUGGGGCCGUGAAGAUUAUCGACCGAAAAAAAGACCUCGUGAAACUCCAAGCCGGCGAGUACGUAUCCCUGGGCAAGGUCGAGGCCCAACUCAAAACCUGCACCCUAGUCGACAACAUCUGCGUGUACGGUGAAUCGUCCAAGGACUUUUGCGUGGCGCUCGUCGUGGCUAACCACCCCCAGCUGCGCGAUCUGGCGGCCAAGAAGGGCAUAACCGACAAGUCGUUCGAGGAGUUGUGCGUGGAUCCUAGGGUGGAGAAAGCCGUGAUGCAAGAGUUGGCGGAGCACGGGAAAAGAAGCAAACUGGAGAAAUUCGAAAUCCCUGCCGCAGUGAAGCUGGUAAAGGAAGCUUGGUCACCUGACAUGGGCUUGGUGACGGCAGCUUUCAAGCUGAAGAGGAAGGACAUCGAGGAGCGCUACAAGCACGAAAUCAAGAGGAUGUACGCCUCCUGA